CCGGACUGGACUUUGGAACAGGAUCCCAUCACAGGCCGUAGGAAAAUACACAGUAUUUUCUUCUCUUUACUUUUCUUGCUGCUGUAUGCCGUGCCGUUUUGGAUUAUCUCUCUGCCGGCCCUAGGAUCUACUUCAACCUCAAGAAUACAACCCAGUUUCUAGGAUUACUUCGUGAGAUACCAACCAGAUAACAUGCAGCAACAUGCCAUAUUCGGUUACCAAACCCCUCCGCCCUCUCCAGGAUUCGAUCAUCCUAAGUGCACAGUUCAACAACCAUUUGCGGUCCCUCACUCUCGACACUUCCAGAACCGAUGCGUCCCUCUCGCCCCGGAGGCCAGGCUAGGCCGUGUGCUUGAGGGCACUCUCCAGCUUACUGACAUCCUUGGAACUGGCGCCUAUGGCGUCGUGUACCUUGCCGUCGAUCUCAAGACCGGAGGUAAAUACGCUGUCAAGUGCUUGAGCAAGUUCAAUCCCGAUGGAACCCCUCUGGAAUCCAGACAAUUUGCCUACCAACAACGAGAGAUCCGUCUUCACUGGAAGGCAUCGGAACACUCCAACGUGGUCCAGAUGCUCAAGAUUGUGAAUGAUCCUGACUGCAUCUAUGUUAUUCUCGAGUACUGCCCUGAGGGCGAUCUCUUCUUGAAUAUCACUGAGCGCGGUCAAUAUGUUGGUAAGGAUGAACUAUCAAGGAAUAUCUUUCUGCAAAUCCUGGAUGCUGUUGAACACUGCCACAACCUUGGAAUCUACCACCGGGACCUCAAGCCGGAGAACAUCUUGGUGACAGACCACGGAGACACUGUUAAGCUGGCUGACUUUGGUCUUGCUACUUCUGAUGAUCGAUCCGAGGACUACGGAUGCGGUUCAACAUUCUACAUGAGUCCAGAAUGCCUGGACCCCUCUGCUAGGAAGCCUUACUACCUUUGCGCCCCCAAUGAUGUCUGGAGCCUUGGAGUUAUCCUCGUCAACCUCACCUGUGGACGCAACCCAUGGAAACAAGCUUCCUUCCAGGACUCUACUUACCGUGCCUAUGCCGGAUCCAAGGACUUCUUGAAGACCAUCCUCCCAUUGUCGGAUGAACUGAACGACAUUUUGGGACGGAUCUUCGAGCCUAUCCCCGAGCAGCGGAUCACUCUCUCUGAGCUCCGAACCAGGAUCAUGGCCUGCUCUAUGUUUACCGUGCCGCCUAUGUCGUCUCUACCGACACCUCCGGCCUCACCAAACCACAUCACCGAAUACGUUUCCUCCGAGGAUGCCAUCAUCGACGACUAUGAGUACGACUCACUGUCGCCUGCCUCCUCGGAUGAUGAGGGUUCGCUCACAUCAAGCGACUCUACCAUUGACGACCUGGACGACGAGUUUGAACAGGAACGCCAGAUGCCGCAGACUCCUCCUGAGUUUGCACCACACACCUUCGACCCUGAGGAGCCCAAGGAACAUCAACUCAUCUACCACAGCCAGGAAUUCGUGCCCCAGAAGUACUCUGGGCCCGUCCCCGUGCCAGUGGCCGUUCCCCCUCAGCCCAUGCUCUGCCAGCAGGUCCCUAUGCCAGUACAGGCUCACGUUCCUGUCUCUGUGCAGGCUCCUUGUCAACCCAAAUCAUAUUUCCCUAUCUGGGAUAUGGUAAAAUACGUUCAACAAGUGCCCAUGCUUCAGCACCAUGUGCCCUUUCAUCAACAGGUCCCCUUCAUGCCUACGUUUCAAGGCUGUUACUAAGGCUUGAGAAAUGAUCUCUCGCUUUCGACAUAACGGCCACUAUUAUUACUACGACCUCACCUGGAUGAGAUGUCACCGAGGCCACAAACCCCACUGACCUAGGACACUGUUUGAUUCUUCUAUA